GACCGGUGACGGAAGGUGGAAACAUGCGUGUCGUUUGGUGCUCUCUGCUCUUUGCUAUCAAUGUGUUCGCAUUCGACUACACCAACGUGCCGACUCUGGAAGAGUUCCUCGAGGAGCCAGUAGUCCAUGACAACAGGAUCGUGGGCGGCCAGGAGGCCGAUAUCAUCGACUAUCCCCACCAAGUGUCUUACCUCUUCAACGAGGGCAUCCUUUGUGGAGGGUUUAUCGUCAGCGAAAGAUAUAUCGUGACGGCCGCGCAUUGCUCCAGCAUUAUCACGGACGCCUCAACAAUAAUCCUCAGGGCUGGCAGUUCUUAUAGACAGAAUGGUACUAUAAUACCUAUCGCGGAGGUCUUUACCCAUCCACAGUUCAAUAACCCUCCGUAUGAUAAGGAUGUGGGAGUGUUGAGGACGCAUUAUCCCAUAAACUUCACGGACACCAUUAAGCCGAUACCACUUGCGCCUCUAGGGCGGCGUAUGAGGGCCUACACUUAUGUUGAAAUCAGCGGUUGGGGCGCCACUCAGGAAGGUGGACCGUCUCCCGACCGUCUGAGGGAGGUUCGGAUUCCGAUCGUCUCGUAUCUACAAUGUUUCAUGUCCUACCCCAUGCAGUUGACCAGGAACAUGUUCUGCGCAGGAAACUAUUAUUUUGGCGGCCAGGGGACUUGUCAGGGUGAUUCUGGUGGAACUGCUGUGCAAGAUGGAAUGGCCUGUGGGAUAGUAUCGUUUGCUCAGGGUUGCGCACGUCCGGUUUAUCCGAGUGUACUUGCCAACAUAGCUGCGAGAGAAAUAAGAGAGUUUAUAAGGAAUAUUACAAAUUUGUAAUUUUAUUUCUAAAGGCGUACGUGUUAUUUUGGAUUAUCGAUUAAACUGUUUAAACCUUAUUACAGUAAACAGUGUUUAAGUAAUCAUUGCUUUGUCACAGCUCAAGUCAAUUAUGCGUCAAAGACA